CUUGGAAGCGCAGUGGACGACACGUGAGCGCCAAGUUUAAGAAAUAUGCCAUUUGGUACCAGAUUCCUACAGUCACCCAGCGGAGCAAAGAACUACAGUACCGACAUGGCAGAGCCAGACUUCUUGGACUUACACAACUUUCUCGCCGAUGACAUCAUUCGGACCCGCGAGGGGGGGACUGGGUGGAUGGUUGACCGUGCACUGAACGCAGAGAGGUGUAACCCAAAAACUUUCCUCCUCAAGACCAGGAAGUGCAGCGAAAAUGGUAGCAUCGUGCUGGAGCCCGCGCUCUCUCCCGAGAACUACAUCAAUUCAAAAUCCGAAAGUACGGGCGGCUUUUUUGGUGUAUUUGCCUCAAAGAGAAGCGUAAGUAUCAGCGAGUCACUGAGCGAAGAGUCGGUUAAGACAACGAUAGUGUCCGAGUCAUCAGCAGUCUCGCAGCACAAGUACGCCUUCGUGAAAAGUACUGAUGCUCGGGGAACGGUUAGGUUCCGCAUCGCCCCGAACGCAGGCUUCGGAGCGUCGGUGGCCGGGUCUAAAAGCACGAGCAGCAGCGUGGAAGUGUUCUGCGAAGACUUGGUGAGGAAGUCGGUCGACUUCGAAGACCUUCGCGGCGCGUUGGGUGAGCAUACCGUGAACACCAGCGCGACAAACAUACAGGGAGAGGACAGCCUGUUUGUAGUCACCGAUGUCAUAGUGGCUGGCAAGAUUUCCUGGGAAGUCAAGCAAAACGUGGAAUCUAAGAAGAGUGGAGGUGCAAAGGUUGAUGUGGAGCCUGUAAAUGUUGGGGCUGAAGGUGGGACCUCCAGCCAGCGGCCGCAGGAACACAGACAAGUGGUGAACAACGCCGUGCUCGCUCUCAAGUUGGCAAAGGUGUCUUACAACAGUGAAGGGAAGAUUGUCCGGUUGGACAAAAGCGGUAGCUUUGAGGGGAACUACACCUUUGGCCCUGGAAACGAGGAGAGGGAGGGACAAAUUGCCAUCAAGUUGCUCGGAAGUGGGGAAAAUGUAAGGGAAAACUCAAGUCUCUGGAUUCACUACAUCCCCCAGGAAAAACGGAGACGUCAACGAAUGCCUAAUUAUAAACUGAAAACCAUAUUGGGCAUAGGCCACCAAGUGCUUUCUGAUCAGGUUCACAUAGAUCAGAUUUCUCUACAAUGCAUUGUGGAAAGAGGAAAAUACCAGAGGAAGGUUCACAAAUCAUGGCAACUACCUCUGAAGGGGCUUGUCGUGACCAGGGAAAGAGACAGUGCAUCACCUCGCAGACGCAUACCAUGGAAGAAAAAGAAAAAAGAAAGGAUUUCUUUGAAAAAGGUGGCUGUAACAGAUGUCCAAGCAGACAACACCUCCACCUGCGUUUGCAACAGUGAGUUGGACAUCCCAAAAGAAGACUGGGUCUGGCUGGACUGCAAGCAGUGGAGGGAAUCACUGACAAAACAUGAAAUUCAAGUGGAUGUUGAGUAUAAAGACUCUGUGAGGACACUGACAGUUGAUGAGGAAGAUCCAAUCUUUGUCAUCAUGCACAAGAUGAGAGACAAGCUUCCUUGUCACAAACAGGCCCUUACAUACAAAGGCAGCAAGAUAGAAUAUAAAGAAGACACCAUCAAGGAUCUGGGCGUGAAAGAUGGUGACAAACUGAUCAUGACACGCUUAGUGAAGGAUGGAAUAGAACUAUAUUCACAAACAUCAGACUGCAUUGCUUAUGGUGCCACGACAACAAAUGUUUCACUCCCCUUGGAAGAUAUCCAGACAAUUGGUGGGAAAUACCCAGAGCUGAAAAUGGAUGAAGGUAGAGUGAGGCAGAUUCUGCAAAAGGAGUUCUCUACAGAUGAUCAAGACAUUUCAUUGGAGGGCUUCCAGCAGCUCAUGGAGGCUGUAGGGAAGAAGGUGGAGCGUGACGACAUCCACAGGGCAUUUUUGGAUGAUGAAGAUAGUUCUGAUGAUGAGUUCAAUGUCCUGGAUAUGAUGACCUCAUCUUUUGAAGGCAGAAGCUGGCUCAGUGAUGACGAAGAAGGGAGCUGUGCAUCCAAUGUGAAUCCGAAAUUUCCGAGGUCUCUUAGCUUUGAGGAGCAAGAGUACAUGGACAGAGCAUCAUCCGAUACAGAAGCUGAAGAAUAUAGUUCAGAAGAUGGUGGUUGUCUUGUAAAGGUCAAGAUACCAGGACUACCAGAGCAGAAGACACUGCCGACUGUGCCGGGGUUCUCCGAGGCAAAAGUCGAAGAAGCCAGCAAACUCCUGCAAGCGAGAUUAAGUCUGAGAAGCGAGAAUUUGCAGGCAGUAGUAUCUGACAUUGAUUGGGAAACAGUCGACCAACGUCGUAUGAAUUGGUCAGAUGUACAGUUGUCAGGUCUUGAUGACCUUGGAGAAAGUGACAAGUUUAAAGCCUUAAGGCUGCUUAAGAGGCAGACAAGUGGGAAGGAUAAAGAGGAUGAGGAGGUUGUCUCUAAAUCUUUAAGUAGUGUUGAAGAAAGGGUGCAGUUAGGGCCCAACCUGGCAGGUGGUGCUUCACCUAUGGAUAGUAGCCAUGAUGAGGCAGAGAAGUUCUCUUGAAUACUGUAGUACGUAGGGAAAUGCAUUAUUAACUAUUUUUUGCCUCAUUUGAUGUUGAUCUUUCAGGGAAGUUUGUAGUGAAGUUUAAAUUAGUUUUAAUCUAUUUACUAAGUACAGGUAAAUAUCAUAUCAGAUAUACGGAUAUGCCUUGAACUAAUAGUUUUGAAAUAUUUGUUUAAGUAUUAUUGACAUUUCAUGAAUUAUUACUGAUUUCUAAUGACUUGUCAGAUUUCUUUACUUGGAAUACGAUUAUAAUGUUACUUACAGGCUACUCAGUAGGCUACUGUAUCUUAGAAGUGCUGGACAAGUGCAGUUUUGCAUGAAUGUAGAUAGAAAUCAAGUGCUAUGCACGUACAUGUAAAGACAAUAAUUGUUUUACUCUUUAGUAUGAGAGUGCUAGUUCAAAAAGUUUUGUGUGUGUUGACUUGUGCUUGUUUUCAUUGUUUUGUUUUGACAGAAAUACUAAAUAUAUCUUUAAAAAUCUGCAGUGUACGAUGCCAAGAGGCACAGAUAUGAUGUUAAAUGGUUUGUUCCUUGAUCAAGUGCCAAUGAUACAUGUGUGCCAAUGAAUUGUAAAUUUGAAUGAACAUGUGUGCCAAUGAAUUGUAAAUUUGAAAGAACAUGUGUGCCAAUGAAUUGUAAAUUUGUUGACCAUGACUGUCUAGUAAAUGCAGGGGAGAUUUGUUUUAUGCCCAAAUACUUAGAGUUAUCCUGAAAAGAAAGUACAAUCUGAACAAAAAAUCUAGAAAAUAUUAA